CCGUCCAGGCCAGCCUUACCGGAUGGUCCUGAUCACGAAGUACACGAGGACCGCGGCACUGACCACCAUCAGCACCAACAGGGCCCGCUGGGUCAUCGGCUUGUCUCGGGGACUGGGGGACACGGACAGCCCGCCCCCUCCGACCUCAGCAGGCCCAGCCCCAGGGCUGCUGCCAUUGCCGCUAAGCCCAGCCUGCCCGGAAGGGAACUCCGUCCGGCUGCUGCCCGGGAGGCCGGACCCAGCCGCGGUGGCAGAACCGGAGGCCAGGGGCGGCAGCGGGGGCCGGGAAGGCGGCAGGGAGGCCUCCGGCGACAACGGGCGGGAGAUGUCAGAGGCCGCUCCGUCGCGCAACAGCAGCAGCAGCAGCAGCGAGGACAGCUGCCCGCUUAGCGCCAGCAGCAGCGCGGCUGAGAGGAAGCGGCGGCAGCAGCAGCAGCAGUGGCGACGCGAGGCCUGCAUUAUCCCCGCGCCGCCUGCUCACCACGUCGCGGUCGCCAGCCCUGUCGGACCGGCCUUAGCCCAGGCCCGGGCUCCGAGAGGAACCAUGGGCGCAGCCGAGAAGGAGGAGGACGCCAAGGAGGAGGAACCAGCGGCUGAGGCCAGGCCUGGGCCUGUGGGGGAACCGGAAGUUUGCACAUCUCCAGAGACGCCCUGGCUACUAGGGACGCUUCUCGUUGCUAUAAAAUGGCGAAGGGGGAGGGAGCGGAAAGAGGGCGGGGCGCUGAAAGAACGCCGCUGUCCCUUGGCAGUGACGUAGCACGCAGAGGGCGUGCACGUGGCCGUCCCGGGUUUGGGGCAAUCUGAGCCUGUAGAGUCCUCAGAUAGAGGAGCUUUGUGGCUCGGUUGUGGCUACUGGGAGGUGGCGACCUUUUCGAAGGCGUCUGAGCCGUGAGUGUGUAAAGUGAUUUCCCGAUAUUUAAAGAAUGAAGUCAGUCGUUCUUCCCAGACAUAGACUAAUACUGCACGCUCCGCUGCAGUUCCCUAGCAUCUGGCCAGUCCGGAGAAGCCAUGGAAAUGGGUUUUCCAAGAGCUUCUUGUACCUGUUGGCGGAGGACCAUUAAGAAGCGUACCUUCAUCAGCCCGGAGGGAUCUACGAGAAAGAAAGUGUCCACAUCCAGAGGAAGAACUGCGGGAGUGGAAACUCAGAGGAAAAACAAGCGCUCGACUACAUGGCUCGAGGGGAUGUGGCUGGGGAUGGGAACUCUGAACGAACAUCCUCGUGCAAACACCAACAACAUGAAAGAGGUUCUGAUCCAGGACACAGUAAUACCCAGUGACAUUGUGUGUCCGCUGCAGGAAGUGUGGAGAAGGGAAAUAAUAUGAUUCUUGUAACCAAGGAAUAAUGUUCUAAAUUGACUAAAUAAAAUUUUCAAAAAGAAAAA